AUGUCGUACACAUGUAAGAACACAGACUGUCGUACGACCGGAAAAUUACGUAUAAAAAUACCUGACCCGGAGAGAGUAAUAUGAAUCAUCCUAUUAAUCAUUCUAUUGCGCGUACUGAUAAAUUGAUAAAUUACUUUUUUGUUACAAUGAUUAUGUCAUUUCGUCAUAAUACCAUAUAUAAACUCAACUUCUUUUUAAAAAAACAAAACUAUAUUUCUGAUUUUCAGUAAAACAUGUUCUUCAACAUUAUCCGUACCAAAUUUACUCAUCACCUACGCUCAACGAAAUUUCCUGAAUUUAGGAAAUACGUUUCUUCUGAAACCAAAUCAUCUGGAUCUCCCGCUGAUAAAGCUGAGUCAAUUAAUGGAUGGCACGUGAUUUUUAAGCAACCUUUAGUAAUCUCUUUGCAAAACAGCUUUUUUAAAAUUAUUUCUCGUGGAAGACCACCAUCAGAAGACGUCCGUAAGCACUUUGAAAAAGUUACAGAAGUUAAUGGACGUGGUCGAAAAACACCUCGUCAAAAUCGUAAUUAUUGUGGAAAUGACAUUAUUGAUUUAAUUGGUCGAUUAAAAGAUCAUUUGAUGAAAUGUAAAUGA